AUGGAAGUUAAAGAAGAGAAUGAGGUAGAGGAGAGAGCAGUCAAAGAGGAGGUGGAGGAGAGAGCAGUCAAAGAGGAGGUGGAGGAGAGAGCAGUCAAAGAGGAGGUGGAGGAGAGAGCAGUCAAAGAGGAGGUGGAGGAGAGAGCAGUCAAAGAGGAGGUGGAGGAGAGAGCAGUCAAAGAAGAAGAAGAAGAAGAGGAGACAGACGUCAAAGAAGAAGAAGAGGAGAUAGAAGUCCAGGAGGAAGUGGAGGAGAGUGGAGUACAAGAAGAAGAGGAGAACAGGGAUGUGUCUGCUCCAGAUCUAGAGGAAGAGGAGGAAGAAGUAGAUAGUAUCAGUGACCCAGGUAAGUUCAGGUGUGGAGUACGGAGAGAGGUUGGUGCCUUGGAUCUAGAGGAAGAAGUAGAUAGUAUCAGUGACCCAGGUAAGUUCAGGUGUGGAGUACGGAGAGAGGUUGGUGCCUUGGAUCUAGAGGAAGAAGUAGAUAGUAUCAGUGACCCAGGUAAGUUCAUGUGUGGAGUACGGAGAGAGGUUGGUGCCUUGGAUCUAGAGGAAGAAGUAGAUAGUAUCAGUGACCCAGGUAAGUUCAUGUGUGGAGUACGGAGAGAGGUUGGUGCCUUGGAUCUAGAGGAAGAAGUAGAUAGUAUCAGUGACCCAGGUAAGUUCAGGUGUGGAGUACGGAGAGAGGUUGGUGCCUUGGAUCUAGAGGAAGAAGUAGAUAGUAUCAGUGACCCAGGUAAGUUCAGGUGUUUUCAGGGGAUUCCAAAACUAUUAUUGUGCUUCUACUUGCAUCUUUUAAAGUAACUGUCUAGAUUUUCCAGAUUUCUAUGAAAUAUGACCUAUAAUUAAUUACAAUAUGAGUGAAAUCAUUUUCCUUCCAAAAUACGAAUAUAGGACGAGUCAACAAAAUUAUUUGGGUAUGCGUUAACAGAAUAUUAACUUUUAAAAGUGAGAUAUUUUCUGGACAGUUACUUUAAAAUUCCCAUUCGAUGCUCUGUUCCUGAUUCUAACCACAUACAGUGCAUUCGGAAAGUAUUCAGACCCAUUUACUUUUUACACAUUUUGUUACAUUACAGCCUUAUUCUAAAAUUGAUUAAAUAGUUAUUUCCCCCCCUCAUCAAUCUACACACAAUACCCCAUAAUGACAAAGCAAAAACAGAUUUUUAGACAUUUUUGCAGAUUUAUUACAAAUAAAAAACUGAAAUCACAUUUACAUAAGUAUUCACACCCUUUACUCUGUACUUUGUUGAAGCACCUUUGGCAGCGAUUACAGCCUUGAGUCUUCUUUGGUAUGACGCUACAAGCUUGACACACCUGUAUUUGAGGAGUUUCUUCCAUUCUUCUCUGCAGAUCCUCUCAAGCUUUGUCAGGUUAAAUGGGGAGCGUCGCUGCACAGCUAUUUUCAGGUCUCUCCAGAGAUGUUAGAUCAGGUUCAAGUCCAGGCUCUGACUGGGCCACUCAAGGGCAUUCAGAGACUUGUCCCAAAGCCACUCCUGUGUUGUCUUGGCUGUUUGCUUAGGGUCGUUGUCCUGUUGGAAGGUGAACCUUCGUCCCCAGUCUGAGGUCCUGAGUGCUCUGGAGCAGGUUUUCGUCAAGGAUCUCUUUGUACUUUGCUCCGUUCAUCUUUCCCUCGAUCCUGACUAGUCUCCCAGUCCCUGCCGCUGAAAGACAUCCCCACAGCAUGAUGCUGCCACCACCGUGCAUCACCAUAGGGAUGGUGCCAGGUUUCCUCCAGACUUCACGCUUGGCAUUCAGGCCAAAGAGUUCAAUAUUGGUUUCAUCAGACCAGAGAAUCUUGUUUCUCAUGGUCUGAGAGUCCUUUAGGUGCCUUGUGGCAAACUCCAAGCGGGCUGUCGUGCCUUUUGCUGAGGAGUGACUUCCAUCUGGCCACUCUACAAUAAAGGCCUGAUUGGUGAAGUGCUGCAGAGAUGGUUGUCCUUCUGGAAGGUUCUCCCAUAUCCACAGAGGAACUCUGGAGCUCUGUCAGAGUGACCAUCAGGUUCUUGGUCACCUCCCUGCUCAGUUUGGCCGGGCGGCCAGCUCUAGGAAGAGUCUUGGUGGUUCCAAACUUCUUCCAUUUAAAGAAUGAUGGAGGCCACUGUGUUCCUGGCUACUUUCAAUGCUACAUACAUUUUUUGGUACCCUUCUCCAGAUCUGUGCCUCGACACAAUCCUGUCUCGGAGCUCUACGGACAAUUCCUUCGACCUCAUGGCUUGGUUUUUGUUCUGACAUGGACUGUCAACUGUGGGACCUUAUGUAGACAGGUGUGUGCCUUUCCAAAUCCUGUCCAAUCAAUUGAAUUUACCACAGCUGGACUCUAAUAACGUUGUAGAAACAUCUAAAGGAUGAUCAAUGGAAACAGGAUGCACCUGAGCUCAAUUUUGAGUCUCAUAGCAAAGGGUCUGAAUACUUAUGUAAAUAAGGUAUUUCUGUUUUUUAAACCUGUUUUCGCUUUGGCAUUACGGAGUACUGUGUGUAGAUUGAUGAGGGGGAAAAGUAAUUUAAUCAAUUUUAGAAUAAAGCUGUAAUGUAACAAUGUGGAAAAAGUCAAGGUGUCUGAAUACUUUCCGAAUGCACUGUAUCUGUCCAUCUGUUCCUGAUUCUAACACAAUAUCUGUCCAUAUUCCCACAGUAGAGACCUCCAACCCAGGUUCAGACAGUGAGCCCAGUUCCACAGCAUCAGGAAACCCUAAACAACACAGACAGAGGAACUCAAGACAGAAACAUCACCACUGCAUGGACUGCUUCACUAGUUUCUAUGAGCCAGAGGAGUUGAGAAGGCACACU